CUGACGGUUUACCCGCGGAAGCAAUUCGAAGUUUCCCUCUUAUCACGUGGCGAGAGUGUUCCUCUUUUGAGUUUGUUUCGUUUUCGAGAGGAUGGAGUGUUGUGACAUAGAAAACCUAUAAAAAUUUAGAUGCACAGGAAAUGUUUUUCUUUGAAAUUUUGCAAAAGUGGAAAAAGAAAUCUGCAAAUAGUAAACAUAGCACAAGCAAACAGUGAAGAACAAAUCUUUAGGGAAAACGGGAACAGGAGUAGGAGAGGUAAAUCCUCAUAAGCGCCUCUUAUAUUUCUUGUGCUUGUCGUUUAACCACAAAAAUUCCAUCCAUGCCCUAGCGGGAAUCCUCGCCCAGGUGAUUAGAUGAAAUAGCUUGGCUUCACGAAGCAUCAUCAAACAAAGUUAAACGGGCAUCUUGAGGAUGACAGAUGUACUGAAACAAUGACUGAUUUGUUCUAAAUAGGACAUAACAAGAACAAACCCUAAAAAUAGGGCAUUAGAAGUCGUUGCACAAAAAAUGUCAUUGUUCGCACGCGCACCGGUGGGUCCAAGCCUAGGUGGCGGAGCAUCAUCUAGGCGGCGCCUGGCCAGUGGAAGAUCGUACUCUUUCACUGGACUUCGCAGUAGGGGUUUCAGCGUUGUCUCUUCGACGCUGCUCCUAUCUCUGACCUUAUUCUUCGGACAUGUCGCAGGAGCCCAGUCACAAGACCCGGACUGCGUCGUCGAUAAUCAACAGGCGAAAUGUUGUGAAAUGCUUAUGGCUCCAGGGAGCACGCUUCCAGACGGAACGCCGUGCUUGAUAGCGAAUAUGAUUGGGUAAAAGUGAUCUUGUAUUGAUCAUCUCAGCAAUAGCUGCAUCGAAAUCUCGUAGUUCCUCUAGUCCACCAAAGUAAAGGUCAUCAGUAGCUUACUCUUCCACUAGUAAGUACGUUCUCUACUUAUGUUGAACCAUUUGAAUUAGCAUAAUUUUGGAAUCACAGGAACCAAGGAGAAGUUUGCUCUGUGGCGUGCGAAAAACGGUACAAGUCAUUAGGCCAUGAGUGCUGGUCGCGACACCACUUAGGAGCAUUUUGGACAACCAUGAGGCAGCUCUGUGACCCCCAGAAUGUACUUACCUGAUUUUGCCUUAAACAAGUUUUUUCUGAUAGUCACGUACAACCUGGUGCUAGCCAGCACUUCUGAGGGCUCUAGAAUCUCGUCUAAGCUUCAUCAUUAUUUCAUAAUAUGUCGUGCGCCCGGGUGGAUUGGUAGAGUAAUACUUUCCAUACACAUACUACAGUAUCACGAAUAUACAUGAAAAUGAAAUUCAGAACUACGAAAUCAAUGGCUUCUUCGAUCCGCCAUCGGACCCAACGCAGAAUCAAGCCGGGGUAAAUCCAGCUUCCAUUGGUGCGAGUCUCCGACGGUCAGAUGCGAGUGCGCUCACGCUAGUCUUCGGAGCCCUUUUCCUCUCGAUUUUCUACUCUCGCAAGUCACAGCGAUGA